CAUUUGAACCCACCUGAGCACAAGCGGCAUUGAAACCGGAUCGACCUCUACGCGGACUACUUCCUCCUCGAUCCGAGCGGUGAGGCUGGAAGCCGGGAGAGGCGGCGGCGGAUGAGCACACCGCAAUUCCGAGGGAGCUGCGCGACUUGCCGGCCGCUUCCAUUUGUGCUCCGCGCAAAUUGGAGGAAUUAAAAGCGUAAUUGGAGGGGGGGGGGCAUAAGUUUGCAUUUUUCUUUUUUUUUUUAUUUUGGAUUUUGCACAGUGGAGAAGAUUGUCAAACUCGCCGUGGAAGACAAAGCCACGCAUAAGUUGGCGGAGGAACGAAGCACGCAGGCUCUGCUCCGGCGGCUGGCCGGGCCAUGCCCUCGGCGAUGGAGCGCCCCGGGGCCCCCGGCGUCCUGUCCAGGAGCCGGACCAAGACCGUGACCAACGGCAACGGUCAACCGCAUUCAGAGGAGGAGAGCAGCGACGAGGAGCACGCUCACGACAGCAUGAUCCGAGUGGGUGGAGACUACCAGGCCCAGAUCCCGGAGUUCAAACCAGAGAGCCCGGCCCGUUACGGCGAGAAGGAGCGGAGGAGCAUGUUGGUGUGGCGUCCCAGCAGUCAGCUGUCGGAUGCAAUGCUGGAUAAAUACAUCCUGAUGGCGAAAGAGAAACACGGCUACAACAUGGAGCAGGCCCUGGGCAUGCUGCUGUGGCACAAGCACGACGUGGAGCGCUCGCUGGCCGACUUGGCCAACUUCACGCCCUUCCCCGACGAGUGGACGGUGGAGGACAAAGUGCUUUUCGAACAGGCCUUCAGCUUCCACGGAAAGAGCUUCCACCGCAUCCAGCAGAUGCUUCCCGACAAGCUGAUCUCCAGCCUGGUCAAGUACUAUUACGGCUGGAAGAAGACCCGGACCAGAACCUCGGUCAUGGACCGGCAGGCCAGGAGGCUGGUGAGCAAGAGGGAGAAAGAUGAUAGCAACGAUGAGCUCGAGGAAGGAGAGCCCGGCAGUGACAGCGACUUUGAGCUUGACGCCAAGAAGGAGGCAGCCAAACAGAACUCCAACGGCGCCGCCUCGGACAAGGUCCCCCCCGGUCGCUCCGGCCCCAUCAAGAAGGAGAACAUCGGGGCUCAGUAUCGUCACCACCCGCUCCGUGCGCGCCGCCGGCCACCCAAGGGCAUGCACCUGGAGCGGGCCGACAUCACGUCGCUGUCCGCCUCGCACGACUCCGGCGCGCUGACCAUAAGGCAGCUGGACGCGCAGCUGGUGUCGCUCAAGCGGCAGGUCCAGAGUAUUAAACAGAACAACAGCAGUUUGAAACUGAGUCUGAAUGAAGGCGUCGACGCUUUCAGACCCACUGAGCCCCCCCCCAAGAUGAACGCCCGCUGGAGCACGGAGGAGCAGCUGCUGGCCGUGCAAGCGAUCCGCCGUUAUGGCAAAGACUUUACGGCUGUCGCCGAAGUGAUUGGAAACAAGACGUCUGCUCAGGUGAGCUCGUUCUUCGCAAGCUACCGCCGCAGGUUCAACCUGGACGAGGUGCUGAGGGAGUGGGCCGCCGAGGAGGCGGCGGCGGCAGCUCGAGACUCGAGGAGGAGCGGCGAAGAGGCGGCGGCGGCGGCGGAGGACCAAGAGGUGAGGAAGGGUGGCAUAAGUGGAGCCCCCCCGGGACUCGCUCACCCGCCCUGUCCUUUCCUUCCCUCGCCCGUCAAGGACUCUUCUUCAGACGCGGCCGGGGGCACCUCGCCCCGCUCCUCCGCCCGGGCCCCCUCGUCCCUGUCCCAGCCUCCCCCGCUCCUGCGCCCGGCGCCGCCCCCGGCUCCGCCCGGCCUCCUGCGCCAGCCUCCGCCGCUCCAGACGCGCCCGCUGCAGAACCGGGCCCCUCACAACCACCCGCCGCCGCCCCUCAUCCGGCCCGCCGUCACCUCGGGCCUCCUGGCUUCUCCUCCCGGCUCGUCGCCGCCGCCGUCGCUGAUGGGGAUCAAGGUGGAGCAGGGCGGCGCUCACUAGGGGAACAUUUUCACUCCGGUUUUUUCAGCAAUUUCAGCUGGAAAUAUUCCACGUUGGAAACUUUCCAUGGGAAUUCACGUCAGUUGAGAGUCAUUUGAUCAUAUUCAAGGUGAAAUAUGAUUUUUUGGGGGGGUUUUUUUUUUUUUUGUUUUUUGUUUUGUUUUGCUGCUUUACUUGAGAAGCAUUUCACAAAUUUUUGCUUGCAAGAUGAUGCAAAAAAAAAAAAAAACUGACCAUGUAACAACUUGAACUUCCAAAAAAAAAAAAAAAAAAAAAAGUCCGAAAUUGGUGCACUUGAAACAAAAAAACUUGAGAAUCGAUUUGAGUUUGGAGCAGAAAAACAACAUGCACAAGUCUCGCCAGUGCAUGGUCCUCAUUUUUCCUUUGCGUUUUAUUUAUUGAAAAUAUGAACUAUAUGAUUACCACUCGAUUCAAUUCCUGAUUUCUUCUGGUAAAAUCCCAUUGAAAGUUUCCUGGAAUUUUUGUGACCCGAAAUCACACGUUUGGGCCAAAGCGUCAGCUACGAAGUGUUUAUUUAUUGAUGCACUGUCACACCUACCUCCAACACGCACACUUAAAACACUUCAAACACGAUGUGUAUCUAUCCCCCCCCCCGCGCUGAUUGAACGCUUUUUAAUUUUCUUUUUUUUUUUUUUGGUUACAACUUGAACCCUCGACAAGGAAAAA